UCGCCUGCUCGCGCUCUCUCCAUCUCUCAGACACACGCGCGCGGGCGGAGAGAUAGCGCGCGGCAAGCGAGGACCGACGGAGAUGGAGUCGCCGGAGGCGUGCUCGUCGGGGGAUGCGUCCCCCGUCUCGCCGGCGGCGCCGGCGGGGGAGCGCCCGUCCGAGGCGGCGGCGCUGCGGGCGCUCGUCGACCGGGUGCGCGCUGGCGAGGUGGACGCCGCCCGCGAGGUGCGCCGCCUCACCCGGGCGUCAGCGAGGCACCGCCGCAAGCUCGCCGCCGCCGUCGACCCGCUCGUCGCUAUGCUCCGCUCCGCCGCGCCCGAGGCCGGGGAGGCCGCGCUCCUCGCGCUGCUCAACCUCGCCGUCCGGGACGAGAGGUUGUGAUCAUGAGGCUGGUGACCAUUUCAUUGCUAAUCUGACCACACGCGCGAGAGAUCGGCCAUCGCAGAUUUGUUUUCUUUCCGUGCCAAAGGGAGAUCGUGUGGUGGGGGUGUACCGAUCUUAUCCACCGGAUGGUCGGACGUCGACGGGGGGCGUGGGGGCUCUCGCGUGCGGAGGCGGAGCUUCUGCUUCUGCACGCCUCGUUCCACCUCCAUCGUCUGAAUCUGAAUAGUGGGGGUGUACAGUUCAGCAGCAGCAUGCGGUGUAUUUUCCGUUGGCGAACGUCCCGGUGCCCGACAGCAAUCGGACACGCAGACGGCUUCGGUAGGAAGGCUGCUACGUCACACGGUCACACCUGCACGUCUGCACCUCUCAACAAAACUAAAACGGAACCAAUAAAAAGGUUCCUUCGGACGUGACGGAAACGCUUUUGUGCUCUCAAGCAUCGCCGUCGCAGCAACUGUACUGCUCUUUAUUAUCUUUCUAUAAAACGGCAACGACAAGGUUAGCACUACUGCAUCGCCGUAUCAGACCGCACUGCGUAGUGCGUGCGUGCCAACAGCUGAACACCUCAAGUCAAGGGUGAGCUGUGGUCGGCGGCAGACUCACACCUGAACCGAUGAACGAGAGAACGGCUUCUGGUUUGACCGGACAAGAACUCGGGGAGCACCAAAGCGAGUGGCGCAUGCGCAGGGGUCGAUGGCAGAGGACACGCCAAAAUUAAGGUGUUGCUCUAACAACAUGAAUAGAAACCAAUUGUUUUAUGUCUGAGAUGCAAAUUAGUAAGACAUAGCCAAAUUUAGGUUCAUUACAAGCUUAGCCAAUGAUUAAGUACUAAGCUUUACAUGUCUCAAAAUAAUCUAAUUCAAAAUUUGCAAAUUUUAGUAAAAUUAUACCUAAUCUGGGGACAAGAAACUCCACCUGAGCAGAGUCGCAGAGGGCAGGGCGUGGGGCGGAGUGGUGGGCUCGUCCAGCGCCCAGCAGCCAAGGGUGGAGCCGACAUUCAACGAGCCACGGAGCUCGACGGGGGCUUGGGGCGGGGGUGGGGUGGGUCUGAUGAGCAUGGUCAGACGGAGCUUUGCUCAUGGCGGCUCAUUCUGCUCGGUGCGAUGCCGACGGGGCAGAAGGAAGCAAAACAUGCGAUAAGCGAUCCUCGAUGGCCGGCGCCGUGCCGGCUCUUCGACGGAGGCGGGUGGCCGAGCCGAAGACGGACAAGGGAUGGCGGGUGGCCGAAUGCCCGAAUUCACUGAGCGGAGGGCGAAGGCGGACUGCGGCUCAUUUCGCAUGCACGGCUCUACGCCUUGGUGGAUGCAGGAGUUGGGAGCAGGUGUGAAUCAUCUAGGCCCCUUAGUGAUUUUUUGGUAAUUAAUAACAAUCAAUUGUGGACUAACAAUUCUUGGGAAAAUAAGAAUGCAGGUUGGACCACAGAGAACAAAAAGUCUUGGAGACUUAUAAGCAUUGGUUGUGGAUCAGGGGAAUGCAGUAUAACAUAGGUUUUGUUUUUUUGCUAGUCACCGGAGUUUAGAGAAGGAAUUGACCGGAUUAGUAGGCUAGAUAGCCGUACUAUAAAGACGGGUCAAUGACUUUGAUCUGUGUAAAACUUAGUGCCUCAUAGAGCAUCUAGUAGUUGCAUUUGCAUGAGAACUAACAACGCUUCCGAUUUCGAGAGAUAAAAUCUUUUCAAAAGCAUAUUUGAAAAGUGGCUAAGUUUUGGGGUCGGCGGACCGUCUGGGCCAGACCGUCCGCGAUCCAUCCGGAGGGGUCCAAAGUAGGGCUGGAAAAACAGCUCGAGGCUCGUGAGCCAGCUCGGGCUCGAGCAGACUCGGCUCGGCUCGGUGAGGCUCGCGAGCCUAAACGAGCCUAAUUCCGUGGCUCGCUACACUACUGAGCCGAGCCGAGCUGGCUCGGUGAGGCUCGCGAGCCGGCUCGAGGCUCGGCCCAACCAACUUACCAGAGGCCCAAGAAGAGCAAACCCUAGACGGCCCGAGUCUAGGAGGAAGCCUACUUCGCUGAGUCGCUGCACUACUCGCUCGGUCAACGCCUGGUCGCCUGCAGUCCUGCUCCUGCACACCGCCACAGCGGCGCCAUUGGCCACCAGCGCCCAGCGAUCUAGUCCAGGCGUCCAGCAGCGCCCAGCCGCCCAUCGCGGCAGCAGCCAGCAGCCACCAGUGGUCCUCUGCCGUCCUCCGGUCCGGUCCUCCCUUCUCCCAUCCAGCAGCGUCCAGCAGUGCCCACCGCGGCACCAAGAGGAGGCAGGAGCGGAGGAGCCCACUGCCUAGGAGCCAGGAGUCCAGGUCGCGCGACCAGGAGGCAGGAAGUCAGGAACAGGUCUGGAGACUACAGCUACAGCCUACAGGCUACAGGUUUGCUCUGUUAUGCCUGGUAGAAAGAGACAGCAAAAUUGCAAAAUAUGCCUGGUAGAUGUGAAAAAAGGUUUUCUCUAUUAUGCACGGUACAGGUUUUCAUCCAUAGGCAGUGUUACACUGUUUGUAAAUGCUUAUACUACAUCUUGAUAUUCUGCUUAUCAGUCAAAAUUCAAACUCAAGCAUCAUGACUCAUGAGGGAUUUAUUUUUACUGAUUGUAGCCUGCAGAUUUGUAAGUGAUGGAGUCAGCUGUAGAAGGGAAGGGGACUGAUUCAGAAAGUAAUUCAUUUGACAAGAGGGAUGACAUGUCUGAAGAUGAACUGACAGUGCUAGGUGGAAAAAUUGGUGAUGCGGACAAUGUCACAAUUGAUGAAUUUGAUGAUAGCAAAAGUAAAAAGGGGGGUCAAAAGAAGGCGCAAGAAGGUGAAGACUGUUGAACUGGGCAAAAGGGGAAAUCUAAAGUUUGGGAUGUCUUUACUAAGGUGAAUGUGUCAGAUCCAUCUGAGAAGGGGAAGAUGAUAUCAAAGGCAAAAUGCAACUAUUGUAAGAAGCUAUAUUCUUACAUACAAGGAUCAACAACAUCUCAUUUGUCAAGACACAUGAAAAUUUGUGAUGGGUAUUUGAAGCAUGUGGCACAGAAGUUGGAUCAAUCUCUUCUAAACUCUGCUCCAUCAACGACAAGUGAAUCUAGAUCUGGCCUCCCUCCUAUCACUUCUCCUAAAGAUUAUAAUCAUGAGCAAGUUAAAAAUUAAUUGCUAAGAUGAUAAUAGUUCAUGAGUAUCCAUUUAGGAUGGUCGAGCAUACUUGGUUUAACAUUGUCUUGAGAUAUUUGAAUCCUUCAUAUGAGUUCAUUGGUAGGAAGACCAUAAGAGCUGAAUGUUUAAAGGUGUAUGAGUCUGAAAAAGGUUCUCUGGCAAAGGUCCUUAAAGGUGUGGAGUACAUUUCUCUAACCACUGAUUUAUGGACAUCAAAUCAAACUUUAUCAUAUAUGUGUUUGGUUGCACACUACAUAGAUAGUGAUUGGAAAAUGCAGUGUCGAGUGCUAAAUUUUUUGAGUUAGACCCCCCUCACAAAGGCCCUGUCAUAGGACAAGCAGUAUAUGAAUGUGUUGCUGCAUGGAAAAUAGAGGAUAAAAUUAUUUCUAUCACUCUAGAUAAUGCCACAAACAAUGAUGGUGCUAUUCGAGGUUUGAGGGCCAGAUUUUCUGCUAGACAAGGAACUGCUUUUAUUGCAAAAUAUUUCCAUGUCAGAUGUUGUGCACACAUAAUUAAUUUGGUUGUUAAGGACAGAACUGCAGUAUUGGAAUCUUUGAUAAGCAAUCUAAGAUCUACUGUGAAGUACAUUAAGAAAUCUCCUUCUCGCCUGCAUAAGUUUGUUGAGAUUUGUAGAUCUCUAGCUUUGAAAAUAGGAGAAGGGUUGAGUCUUGAUGUUUCAACUAGAUGGAGUUCAACAUACAAGAUGUUGCAUACUAGUGUAGCUUAUAAAGAAGCCAUUCAAACAUAUGCUGAUGCAGAUUUGAACUAUAAAUGGGAACCUACAACCGAAGAGUGUGAUUUGUUUGUUGCAAUUGAACCAAUUCUUGCAUCUUUAGCUAAAGUUACCACUGCAUUGUCUGCUUCUUCAUAUCCCACUGCGAAUUUAUUCUAUCCUCACAUUGUUGACAUCAAAAUCGCAUUGAGGGCAGCAAUGGUUUCCAAUAAUUUGAAUUUGAGGAAAAUGGGUAAUGCAAUGAUAGAGAAGUUUAACAAGUAUUGGGAAGAAAAGAAUAAUGUUAUGGUGAUUGCUACUAUUCUUGAUCCAAGGUAUAAGAUGAGAUUUAUUGAGUGGUGCUUCGAGAAGCUAUUUGAUGGAGACCUAGUUGUGUUUGAGUUAGAUGAUGUUCGCUGCGAGUUAAAAAAGUUAUAUGAGGAUUUUGAGGUGCAGCAUAGAGAGACAAAAGAUGCUCAAAACAGAUCUAAUGCUUCCUCAUCUUUGAGUAUUGAAAGAUCAUGUAGUUUGCCAUCUGCUUCAUGUGAAUUUCAGUCAUUCUUGUCUUCAACUCAAUCUAACCCAUCAAAGAGCGAGUCGCUAAUCUAUUUAGAGGAGACUAAUGUGAGUCUGAGUAACAAGGAAUUUGAUUUGUUGCAUUGGUGGAAGGUUAAUUCACAUAGAUUUCCGGUGGUGUCCAAAAUGGCAAAAAAAUUCCUAACUAUACCGGCAACAUCUGUGUCUUCGGAGUCUACUUUUAGCACAGGAGGUAGAACUCUAGAUGAUUACCGUAGUUCUCUAAGCCCUUCUAUGGUGGAGGCAUUGAUAUGCUCCUCUAGCUGGAUUCGAGGUGCACAUGAUGGAAGCAUGACUUAUGUGGAACAAGAUGGUGAGGAUGAUGUCGAGAAUGUUUGGUUUCCAAAAAGUUUGGUGGAAAGCAACUAGUACUAUCGUUUGUCGACAUGACAGUCACUCGCUGCUUGCUGCUUGGAGCCUUGGAUGGCUGUCGCAUGGUGCUCUGGAGUCUGGUCACUGGUCAGGAGAGGACACAGGACAAUGGACUGGACUACUCACUACUGGACUUAGUCUCUUACUCUCUUAGAUGCUGGCUGAGUGGUUGUGUACUUGUGUUGUGGUCUGUGGUCUUUUGCAUCAAUGACACUGACACCAUUUGUAUUUUGCAUAAUACUUUUGUGCGUAUGGCACUGCUGUAGUGCUGUUGUGGACGUGUGGUCUCUUUUACUCUUUUGAA